CCAGUGUGAAGCCUGGUAAUUCCAGUUGCACCUGAAGCUCUCUGCCGCCCUCCACAGUCGCGAAGAGGAUUCUGAUCUUGGUACAACCGACAGAUCUUGUCUGAUCGAGCGUGCUCCAGUCAAUACGCAGACUCACGUGAAACGCUUACUAAUGCUCCCUAGGUAGGACCUGUUUACGCAAGCUGGAGUUGCCUAGGGAGGCUCCCUCAAUAACAGAUAUAUAAAAUCGACCGGGUACAUUGUUGCCACUAUUUGCAGUCGCACCAGCCAAUAGUCCAAUUACCUCCCAAAAUGGUUGUCACCGAACUCGCUCUCCUCCGCCUUCUUCCUCCAACGACUGUAGGAGACGCAGCCCUCCAGUCCAAACUUGCCAACGCCAAAACUGUCAUGGAGAAUUUCACAAAACGCCGCUUCUACUUCGCCCAACAAGUCGAGGAUCCGACCCUCGUCUACGUGAUCGGAGAAUGGGACUCGCUGACCCAGCACAUGGACGAGUUCAUUCCAUCGGCAUCAAAUCAGGCGUUGCUUGAGAGUUUGAAGGACGAGUUGACCGUGGAGUGGCUCAUCCAUAUCCAUGCACCGCAUGCAGAGCUUCCGUUACCGAAGCCGGGAACGCCCACGUCAACGAAUGUCCUGAGUAUUGAACGGCAUUUUGUGAAGGACGGAGAAAAGAGUUUUUUUGCAAGGGUCUUUGAAGAGGAAAAGCAUCACCUGCAAGAAUAUGUCACUGAAGGGCGCAUUGGAGGGGGAUGGCGGGCCGAUCCACAGGAUGGCAAGGAGGAGUUCGUUCUCUUGUGUCCUUGGGUUGACGUGGAACAGCACACUGGGUUCGCGAGGAUAGAGGGGUCCAUGGAGUAUGGGCGAAUUCGAGAGGUUGUGAGUGAUUUGGAGAUUCGACAUGCCAGAAUCAUCGACCUUUGAUGCAUUUGGCUAAGGGGAUAAGAAACUCGGAUUCCAAUGGAGCAUCCACACGCAUUUUUGUUACACAUAAAGCACCGAUGCCCACACAUGUCGGUGCAAAGACUUGUUCCCUCAUUUUACCGGCUCGACCAAUUCUGUAAACCGCCACCACGAAAGGAUUCAUACAACUCCAUUCGAAAACAUGCAGCGAAUCCGAUCGCAGAGCGUAUUCCAUAGCAGCUGUCUACCCCAGCACUGGAUGCCCCUGGCGGCGCUGCAGGGUUCUGGUUAAUAUCAUGUCCGUGAAAGGCCGACCACUCACAGCGAUGCACGCCCUGCCCAACGUCCACGACC